UCAGUUUCACAAAGCACUCACAAUUGAGCAAACGUCUUCCUAGUGACAAAAAAUAAAUAAAACAAAAAAUUAUCAAAAUGAAAUACGUUCUUUUGGCCUUGUUCGUCCUCAUCGCUAUUGCCUACGUUGUAGCCAUCCCAGUCGAUGAAUCAGUCGUUGGAGACUCAGUUGACAACUUCCACCCAUCAGACGACCAAGAAAUCCUCAAGAAAUUGUUGUUGAAGAAACUUUUGCUCAAGAAGAAAUUGCUCCUUGGAUAAAUUAAAUGGAAAUAAUCGAUGCCCUUCCUAGUCAUCAACAUUUCCUAAACUUUUUCCAAGUUCAACUAUUUUUACAGUAUUAAGCCAA